GUUGGAGGUCGGGUCAUUCGAAACUCUGUCGGGGUUGUGUCAAGAAGUCAUCCUAACUUAGCUUCACUAAAGUUUUCACUGAAGAGUAUUUCUUCGGAGAUAUAUAACCUACUGUUUCUUUGUCUUUCGGUUUAACGAGAUUCCGCCAUGAAGGUCGCGCCGGCCAGCCACUUGUCGCGACGCGGCUCUCACGCUGCCAACUACGGCGACUUCAUCAUGACUUACUUCAAGGAGGCGCUUAAGAACUCUUACCAUCCGAAGCUUAAUCCAAAGGGCAUCAUCAACAUGGGCACAGCGAUCAACCGCUUAAUGGAGACAGAGCUGGCCGCCCGCAUCAACCACGGAGACGCCCUGGCCUACACACCCACACAUCAACACUACUACGAACUCUCUGGCACUGUUCCGCUGAGACAGGCACUCGCGGGGUUCUUCACUAGGCACUUCUGCCCCGGCAGGAACGUCUCUCCGGAUAAUCUGGUGGUGAUGAACGGCGUGGGGGCGUGUCUGGACUCCCUCGGCCACGCCAUCUGCGAUCCCGGCGACGUCCUUCUCACGCCGACGCCGGUUUAUGGCCGCAUCUUCACCGAUUUCUGCGACAGGUCCUUGGUGUGUGUGGAACCUAUCGACACGUCACAAGAGACCGACGUCGAUGGCAUGACCUUCGCCCUGCGCCCGGAGGUCGUCGAGGAGCGGAUCGUCCAGCUGACCUCGGAAGGCAAAAGGGUUCGAGGUCUUGUGCUUCUUCAUCCCCACAACCCUCUCGGUACCUCCUACAGUCCUGAGCUCCUCCGGAAGAUCUUCGCCGUCUGCGCUAGACACCAGAUGCACGUCAUUGUGGACGAGAUCUACGCCCUGUCUGUAUUCGACUCCUCAGCCCCUCACCACAGUGUCCUUUCCCUAAAUGAUCUUCCGGACCCUGAGAGAACGCACGUGCUAUGGGGUCUCACAAAGGAUUUCGCUCUUGCCGGAUUCCGAGUAGGUGUCAUCCACACGCAAAGUAAAGAGCUUUUGCAGUGUCUUCGAGCCGUGUCUACAUAUCAGUGCACGCCCCACCUCAUCCAGCACGCGGCAGCAACCCUCCUCAACGACAUAGACUGGUGCGACAAGUUCUACCUUCCCACCAACCAAAGGAGGAUGCAAGAGGCAUACACUAAGGCCCAGAAGCGUUUGGAAGGAAUGGGCGUACACGUGAGGAAAUCUCAGGCAGGUUUCUUCGUCUGGGCCAAUUUGCAACCGUUUCUUCAUCCUUGCACCGAGGAGGAAGAGCUAAAACUGUUCGAAGAGCUGUUCGAGAGCGGUCUCUUCCUUGUCCCAGGAUCGAAACUCUAUUGCGUGAAUCCUGGUUGGUUCAGGUUCAUCUUCACCAUUGCGCCCAAAGAUUUAGUCGAAGCCCUGAACAAAGUAGAACUCGUGUUAUGCCGCAGAAGAGCACCCAGGAAACACCGACCGGUUGCUCUUUAAGCCCAGACACAGACACAUAGACAGACUUAGUUCUGCUCUGCUCUGUAUUGGUCAGACGCUAGUGGAUUUAAGGACAAUUUUGAUACUUUUUUCGUAAACUUUUUAAUUCAACCUCGGUCUCAGAUUGUUAUGUUAUAAUGCACAAAGGAAGUUCUUGAUAGAUAUGCCUAUUGCCGAUGGUUUGUUAUUAUUUUUACACUAUUUCCUCGGUCUCGCCUUUUCUAUUUAUUUAUAUGUAAAUAAUAGUUCUAGAACGUUUCCAUCCAAAUAUUACGUUGCGUUUUAUAUGUAAAUACUGUAGAGAAAACUUUUAUAUUUAUUUGUAUUGAUAACAAUAUAUAUUUGUACGCUAUUUAUUGUUUGUAUAGACAUCUCUACGAGAUGCAAUUUACAGGUUCUCUGUAAGAUUAAGUGUACAGGAAUUAGACAGUCUCCAGGGUCUCUCUCUCUCUCUCUCUCUCUCUCUCUCUCUCUCUCUCUCUCUCUCUCUCUCUCUCUCUCUCUCUCUCUCUCUCUCUCUCUCUCUCUCUCUCUCUCUGUAAUCUCGUGUUUACAGUAUGUUGUGUAACGAAAUCGCAGCUUAUAAACAUAUAAUAAAAACUUAAUUCUCCUGAAACCCUGAAAUUUACCAAAAUUAUCAAUUGUGCUAUUUCACAGUUGCCAUAUUCUUUUGUAUUGUAUUUUAUAUGUCCUUAGAAUAGGAAAUAAAUUAUGAAUUGAUGAA